UUAACGCCGGGCGGACGACUAUAAAAGAUAAUGAACGAUGCCUCUUGUUAAUGGAGACGAAGAUGUUUUUGCUUUAGACCAGUGGUGUUUUUUUCGGAACAUAACCAAAAACUUGACCGGAGCUGUAGGGAAAAACUGCUGACGGCAGCCCAGUAUUCACUUAUAAUCCCAGCAUGAGUGUUCCAAUAGAACAAACAAACAUUGAGACACUUGUCAAUAGAUUGUCUAGAGAGAGUCGAAAUAUUACUUAACAUAUAUUUUAAUCAAAUAUCGUGAAUUUAUUUACAUAUUAUUUGUUAUAUUGUGGAAGUUAUUAUAUAGAAGAUGUCUUUUGAGAAUAUCAGGGGACCUACGAAAGCAAUUAAUCCUAUCGAUCCAAACUGUCUUUUAGACGUUGACCAUUUUUCAAGCAAUUUUCGACUAACGGCCAUCAUGGGUUCAAUUGGCCCAUCCUCAAGAUCGAUUGACGUCUUGAUGAAGAUGAUAGGCGCGGGGAUGGACAUAGCGCGAAUAUUGUUAUCCCAUAUGUCAUACCACCAUCAAGCUGAGACAAUUCACAACAUUCGGAAAGCAGCCAAAAUGUAUUCUGAACAGCAAGGUUUCGAGAUUCCUGUUGCCAUUGCGUUGGAAAUGCGUGGGGCUGAAGUUCGUACAGGAACGUUAGAAGGUGGUGUAAUGGACGAAGUGAAAUUAACGAAGGGAGAAUUAGUCAGAUUGUCAACAAACCGCGAUUAUACUGAAAGGGGAAAUGCAGACACAAUCUAUGUAGACUAUGAUAACAUUACACUCUUUGUAAAACCGGGGACACGUAUAUUUCUUGAUCAUGGUCGCAUCGGUUUGAUCGCACUCGAAGUUGAAGUGAACACUAUACUAUGCAAAAUAGAAAACUCUGGACUCCUUGGGUCAAGGGUAUCCGUCAGUGUGCCAGAGGUUGUUAUGGAUAUACCACCAAUCACGGACAGGGACAGAUCUGAUUUGAAAUUUUGUGUAGAGCAAAAAAUCGAUUUUGUUAUAGUAUCCUUCGCACGAAGCGCGGAACUAGUGGAGCAUGUACGCCAAAUACUCGGCGAAAAGGGAAAGCAGAUUAAAAUCAUUGCAAAAAUCGAAACCAAAGAAGGUAUCGAAAAUUUAACUGAGAUCAUUCAGGCGGCCGAUGGCAUUUUCAUAGGACGCGGUCAUAUGGGCGUUGAGAUGCCGCUUGAGAAGAUAUUUUUAGGGCAAAAAGCUAUAAUUUCGAGAUGCAAUAAAGCCGGAAAACCCGUAGUUUGUGGAUCUCAACUGCUUGGUUCGAUGGUUAAAAUGCCUCGACCUACCCGUGCUGAAGUCAACGAUGUGGCGAACGUAGUUCUGGAUGGCGCAGAUUGUUUGGUAUUAACAAGGGAAACUGCUAAAAGUCAUUAUCCAGUUGAAGCAAUUGCUGCUGUAGAUCGAAUAUGUAUCGAAGCAGAAGCGGCUCUGUGGCACCAUCAUCUAUUUGUUGAACUAAUCGAGAAGCUUCAAAAUUUGGAUGCUGCUAAUUCGAUUGGAAUAGCCGCUGUAGAAGCGGCCACUAAGAGUAAUUCAACGGCAAUUAUCGUUAUAACCACAUCCGGGAAGUCCGCCUUUCUGAUUGCGAAGUACAAACCAAGAGUUCCUAUCAUAGCUGUUACUCGAUAUUCAGAAACUGCACGGCAAGCAAAUAUCUAUCGUGGUAUAAUUCCGUUAGUUUAUCAUGAUCCACCAAUGCAUGAUUGGACUAAAGACGUUGAUGCACGUGUUCAGUUUGGACUGCGAUAUGGUGCCCUUCAAGGAUUUAUUAACAAUGGGGACUCAGUUGUUAUUGUUACUGGUUGGCGUGAAGGCUCAGGAUUCACAAAUACGUUGCGCAUCAUUUAUGCUUUCAAUACUUCGGUAUCUCCAGAAAAAGACGAUGAGACCAUGAUUCAUAAUAUUGUCAAUUUUUAACAGAUUCUUGAUUCUGUAACAGAUAAACCAUCCGCUAGGAGUAAAAUCUAUUUGAUAAAUAA